AUGGUGGUCGUGGUGAUGGUGGUGAUGAUUGAUGAUGGUGGUGAUGGUGGCGAUGAUGAUGGUGGUGGUGAUGUUGGUGGUGGUGGUGAUGAUGAUGGUGGUGAUGGUGGUGAUGAUGAUGGUGGUGAUGGUGAUAAUGAUGAUGGUGGUGGUGAUGAUGAUGGUAAUGGUGACGAUGAUAUUAGUGGAGGUGAUGGUGGGUGGGGUAUCAUGAUGGUAGUGGUGGUGGUGAUAUGAUGUUGAUGGUAAUUACUACCAUAAGGUUGUUUUAUAGGCUCAAGGAGAUCGAGCUGUGUGACGAACAAGAACAACUACAGAGAAAACUACGACUUAUUAGGAAAGAGCAAAGUAUGUAACUUAUUGAAUUAGAAAGAAAGACGGGAGAUUGGAAGAAAAAAAGGUUGAAAAGCAAUCAAACUGGCAGAAACAUUAGUGGGGCGGGGGGAGAGGGGCAACUGCCACUUUGUGUCCUCAUUAAGGCCGUUUUCAACCAUAUAGUAACGUAUCGUAGCAUUUUCUUUUGUGUCGAAGUAAUUAGUUCCACUCUAGUGCUCAGGAAACUACGCUUCCACUACACUUCGGUGUGAUACGGUUGAUGUGGAAACGGCCUUUAACGAUAGCCGUUUCAGUGAUCAAGCACGUUUUAGCAAUGAUUUUGGAAACAAUGAAAACUUUCAUGAUGGAAACCACAAGUCACACCCACAAUAUUGUUGGAAAGAAUAAGAGAUGGAGGAAACAAUGUUUAUUUCUUUUUAGGAAAUGUAAAUCAGGUGGAUAGAGCAAGAAAAGAGAAACCAUGUUUACACGACAUAUUAAAUGUGAUUGAAAAACGAGAUCUGCUUUUACUUGAACUUGAAAUAGAACGAAGGAGGUGAGUGCGGGAACUUACACACUGAACUAUUCUGGAUAGCCAUCCGUUAUUCGUUCAGUGUUACCACAGGAAAUCUAAAUUAAACUAAACUAAACUAACUUUAUCUUUAGUGGAUAGCUCUAUCAGUUCUAAACUGUUCUCCUUAGAGGUCCAGUAAGGAUCAUCUCUUAUUGAUCCAGUGUUACUACAGGAGGAAACCUAAACUAAACUAACUUUAUUUAUACUGGAUAACUCUAUCAGUUCUAAACUGUUCUCCCUAGAGGCCCAGUAAGGAUCAUCUCUUAUUAAUCCAGUGUUACUACAGGAGGAAACCUAAACUAUACUAAUUUUAUUUAUACUGGAUAGUUCUAUCCGUUCUAAACUGUUCUUCCUAGAGGUCCAGUAAAGGCAUCUCUUAUUGAUCCAGUGUUACUACAGGAACUAAACUAAACUAACUUUACUACAGGAGGAAACCUAAACUAAACUAACUUUAUUUAUACAGGAUAGUUCUAUCAGUUCUAAACUGUUUUCCCUAGAGGUCCAGUAAGGAUCAUCCCUUAUUGAUCCAGUGUUACUACAGGAGGAAACCUAAACUAAACUCACUUUAAUAGGUUUUGUUUGUGGAAACACCACGUAAAUUUAUAAUUUAUAAUUUAUAAUUUAUAAUUUAUUGCAGUAAUAAAUUUACGUGGUGUUUCCACAAACAAAACCUAUUAUAUUUUAUCACCAUGCAAACAUACAAAGAACUUAUAAACUCACUUUAUUUUUCUUUUAGAGAUGAUGACGAGACUCAGAAAUUGAAGUCAAUAUUCAAAGGUUUGUUGUAGCAUUCCACACGACAUUCCUUUCCAAUGAGAAAUCUUCCACAUUAUGCACCUGCCUUCAAUUCGCGACUAGCCCUGGGUACGAGGUUGAUUAUGCACUGGUUCGCUUUACUGUUUCUUAUUCUCAUUAUUAAAUAUUUAUGUUUUAUCUGAAAUUUGUUUUAAUUUUCGAUGUUUAUGUUCAAUACUGUCGGUAUUUUUCAGCAUUUUUAAACCUGUCUAUGACAUCAUAGAAUAAGUUCAUUUACAUAUCAAGCAUGGAAAUAAUUCGAAGACAGAUAUUGAUAAAGUGUAAAAUAACCAUGAGUCAAAUCUCAUGCGUGACCUUUCGAAACUCUUGUUCUCGUUUGACCGGGGCACGAGAGUUGAAACAACUCUCAUGUAAACUUUCGCUUGUCAAUUCUUAUCAAGUCACACACUCGUUUGUCUACAUCAACUGCCGAUUUAAUGUUUCUAAUAAUUUAAAUUAUGUUAUUUCUAGACCAGUCAAAGACAGUUCGUUCUCAAAAAGUGGACUAUAAUAAGUCAAGGAAUUUAUCGUAUAAGAACAGUCAAGAUGGACAGUGCGUAAUUUUGUAA